UCCCACGUGGGAGGGGGAUCUGGCUACCGGGGGCUGCGAGAGGAUGGCUGCUGUGGAAAGAACCGUGACAUCUCUAGGCCUCCAAUUCCAGACCGUGCCGGAGCAAGAGGUGCAGCUGGAGGGGAAACUCGGGGGCCACGAAGACUUAGCAGGCCCCAGACCCAGGAAGGGCACAAAGGAAACAGGAAAAGCCGCCCCUGCUUUUCAGGACGGGACGCCGCGGGGCCUUCCAAGAUGGGCAGCCCCACAGCAAGUGAAGCAGGAGCCGGACGAGGGGAUGCCGGAUACUUGGGAUGGGCCCUGGCAGGAGUUCCUGAAGGCCGUUCAGUCCCCUCACCCGGCGUGGGGAAACCCACACUUGCUGGCACCCGCUCCGUGGGAGGAUAGCGGAAAGGCCUUUGGCGGCCCGUUUGAGGGAGCCACCGACGCGUGGCUGUGGCCGAGAGGAGAAUGGGCGGCCCGGCCUUUGGCCGGAGAACUCCAACCGACCUGCAACACCCUGGAAGCCAGAGACAAGGGGGAUCAUGGGAAAUUGAAAGCCGAGGUCUCGAGGGGCGACCCUGUCAGGGCGGAGACGCAGCGGCGACGCUUCAGGCAGUUCUGCUACCGGGAGGCCGAAGGGCCACGGGAAGUUUGCGGCCGGCUCCGGGAGCUCUGCCGUCACUGGCUGGAACCCGAGAGGCACACCAAGGAGCAGAUCCUGGAGCUGGUCAUCCUGGAGCAGUUCCUGACCAUCUUGCCGGUGGAGAUCCAGAGCUGGGUCCGGGAAGGCGGGCCGGGGACCUGCUCCCAGGCGGUCGUCCUGGCUGAGGAUUUCCUGACAAGGCAGCGGGAGACCAAGAGGUGGGAGCAGCAGGUGCCAAGGUCUUUCCAGGAGACGCCCGGAAACGGCCCCAAGGCAGAGCAGGCCCUGUUGGACGCUGGGCAGUGGCAGCUGUACAGGGAAGCCAAGCAGGACAGCGAUGGAGAAGCCAGUUCCCUCGGUAAAUGGGCAAGUGAGAAUGAGGAGGAGAAGCCUCCUCCACCCAAAAAUUCUGAGAAAGCAGAACCUUCCGGGACAUUUGCAGAGGGGGCGUUCCUGUCCCCAGAGCAGCUAGAGUCUUUCGACAGUCAACACAAAUUGGAGAAUCGGCAAGACGGCCCGGUGGGGGAGGGAGACUGUAAAAAAAUCCCUUGCCAGGGGGAUGGCCGGAAACGUGACGAGGCCCAGUCGCGAGUUCAUAAGGACCGCCGGAAAAAGGUGUGCACGGAGUGCGGGAAAGCGUUUGGCCGGAGCUCUGACUUGCUCAAACACCGGAGGACCCACACGGGGGAGAAGCCCUUCCAGUGCCUCCACUGCGGAAGGAGCUUCAGCGACCGCUCCAACCUCAUCGCACACCGCCGGAUCCACGCCGACCAGAAGCCGUACCAGUGCUUGGACUGCGGGAAAAGCUUUUGCCAGAACUCCUACCUCGUCCGCCACCGGAGGACCCACACGGGGGAGAAGCCAUACAAGUGCUUGUACUGUGGCAAGGGCUUCAGCGACAGCUCGAACCUGGUGGUGCACAAGAGGACCCACACGGCCAGCGACAAGCCAUACCGGUGCCUGGACUGUGGGCGCAAGUUCAGCGAUCCCUCACUCCUCGCCAGGCACCAGCGGAUGCACGCGAAGGAGCGGCCAUACAACUGUUCGGACUGUGGGAAGACCUUCCGCCACCGUUCGGACCUCAUCCGCCAUCGGAGGACCCACACGGGAGAGAAGCCGUUCAAAUGCCUGGAUUGCGGGAAAUGCUUCAGCCAGCGAUCCCACUGCAGUACGCACGAGAGGAGGCACGCGAGACAGAAGGUGUACCAGCAAUGCUCGGAUGAUGGGAAGAACUUCAGUGCCGCGGAGACUGGACUCCCUGCAAAGGAGGAAGUUGCCGAAACUGGUCAAAAACUCACUGCCCAGAAGGUUGGGCACAUGUGUGUCCUCCUCCACACUGAGUGGGGUUACCUAUAG